UCUCGCCGGUCUGGAGGGCGCGGACGACGUCGUCGAGGUCGAGGUGCCGGCUGGUCUCGUCGAAGCUGUGCACGGCCAUGUGGAAAGCCUCCUCCUGGAAGACCACAUGGACGCCCUCCAUGGCGAAGUAGCAGCUGCGCUCGGGGUUGCUGUCGCUGUAGAGCAGCGUGGCCCGGCUCCACUGGUGGUGUCGGAAGAGGGCGAGCAGCAUCUCGCCCAUCUUGGCGUAGGCGGGGGCGACGCGGGUGAGGUGCGAAUACUCGCCUCCCUUGGCCCCGAAGCCCGCGGCCAGCGCGCCCGCCGACAGCAUCGGGACGUCCCAGUGCGCCGCCAGCCGCGCCACCGGCGCCGCCGCGUACUCGCAGACGGGGCCGAGCAGCAGGUCGGGGCGGCGGCGCUGCAGGGCCACCAUGUCCACCAGGCUGAAGAGGGCGCGGUUGCCGCACGCCGAGUCCUCGUAGGUGAGCUGGAAGGCGUAGCCGGGCGGCAAACCGCCGCCGCCGCCGCUCUCCCGAAGGCUCCGCACCGCGUACUCGAUGGCGGGGCGCACCCGCCCCAGCGAGAACAGGUAAACGCUGAGGAGGAAAAAAAGGCAGACUGCGGGAAGAAGAAACCGAAGGACGGAGUCGGCGAUGGAGGGCGGAUGGAGCUGAAUCCCUGGCCUGCGUUUAUCAAUGAGCGUUUAGAAAUGUACAAUAAGCUUAAAGCUGAACAUGAUGCCCUCCUCGCAGAAAGAGCUACAAAUGACAGUAAACCCAUUAAAGUUACAUUACCUGAUGGCAAGCAGGUUGAUGCUGAAUCCUGGAAGACUACUCCUUAUCAAAUUGCUUGUGGAAUUAGUCAGGGCUUGGCUGACAACACUGUUAUUGCUAAAGUGAACAAGAUGGUUUGGGAUCUAGACCGUCCUUUGGAGGAGGAUUGUACCUUGGAGCUGCUUAAGUUUGAAGAUGAAGAGGCUCAAGCAGUAUACUGGCACUCAAGUGCUCACAUAAUGGGUGAAGCUAUGGAGCGAAUCUAUGGUGGAUGUUUGUGCUACGGUCCACCAAUAGAAAAUGGAUUUUAUUAUGACAUGUUCCUUGAGGAAGGGGGUGUAUCAAGUAAUGACUUCUCCACUUUGGAAACAUUAUGCAAAAAGAUAAUGAAAGAAAAACAAGUCUUUGAAAGACUAGAAGUUAAGAAGGAAACACUACUUGAAAUGUUUAAGUAUAAUAAAUUCAAGUGUCGCAUCCUGAAUGAGAAGGUCAAUACUCCAACUACAACAGUAUACAGGUGUGGUCCCUUGAUAGAUUUAUGCAGAGGGCCUCAUGUCAGGCACACUGGCAAGAUAAAAACCAUAAAAAUCCAUAAGAAUUCUUCUACCUAUUGGGAAGGCAAGGCUGACAUGGAGUCCCUCCAGCGGAUCUACGGAAUUUCAUUCCCAGAUGCAAAAAUGCUGAAGGAAUGGGAGAAAUUCCAGGAGGAGGCUAAGAACAGAGAUCACAGGAAAAUAGGGCGGGACCAAGAACUGUUUUUCUUCCAUGAGCUCAGUCCUGGUAGCUGUUUUUUCUUGCCAAAAGGAGCUUACAUUUAUAACACGUUAAUCGAAUUCAUCCGGAAUGAGUAUCGAAAACGUGGAUUCCAGGAGGUUGUCACUCCAAAUGUUUUCAACAGCAAACUGUGGAUGACUUCAGGGCACUGGCAGCAUUACAGUGACAACAUGUUUUCCUUUGAAGUGGAGAAAGAAAUCUUUGCUCUGAAACCUAUGAACUGUCCAGGGCACUGCCUUAUGUUUGAUCAUCGUCCAAGAUCAUGGCGUGAGCUGCCGUUACGGUUGGCUGAUUUUGGUGUUCUGCAUCGCAACGAACUGUCAGGAGCUCUUACAGGACUCACUCGAGUGCGCCGGUUCCAGCAAGAUGAUGCUCACAUAUUCUGUGCUAUUGAGCAGAUUGAAGAGGAGAUAAAGAGUUGUCUGCAGUUCUUGCGUGCUGUGUAUGAUGUCUUUGGAUUUUCCUUUAAACUGAAUCUCUCCACUCGUCCUGAAAAGUACCUAGGAGAUAUUGAAGUGUGGAAUCAGGCUGAAAAGCAACUUGAAAACAGCCUCAAUGACUUUGGUGAGAAGUGGGAGUUAAGCCCUGGUGAUGGAGCCUUCUAUGGACCAAAGAUUGACAUUCAGAUUAAAGAUGCCAUUGGCCGCUACCACCAAUGUGCUACAAUCCAACUCGACUUCCAGCUGCCAGUCAGAUUUAACCUCACCUUUGUCAGCCAUGAUGGCAAUGACAAGACAAGACCAGUUAUCAUUCACCGGGCUAUCUUGGGAUCUGUGGAAAGAAUGAUCGCCAUUCUAACUGAAAACUAUGGAGGCAAAUGGCCACUAUGGCUGUCCCCGCAGCAGGUGAUGGUGGUACCAGUGGGACCAACAUGUGAUGAGUAUGCUCAAAAGGUCAGGCAGCACUUCCAUGAUGCUGGAUUAAUGGCAGAUGUUGAUGUAGAUCCUGGGUGCACACUGAACAAGAAGAUCAGAAAUGCUCAGCUUGCACAGUAUAACUUUAUUCUGGUUGUUGGUGAAAAGGAGAAGGCAAGUGGAACAGUUAACAUCCGCACCCGAGAUAACAAGGUGCAUGGUGAGCGUACAAUUGCAGACACUGUGGAGAGACUGCUGGAACUGAAAUGCUCUCGCUCCAGACAAGCUGAAGAGGAGUUUUAACACCGUCUGCUCUACCUGGCAUUAAAAAAAGAUCCUAGUUUUCCUAUUUCAGUAAGCCAGAAAGUUUUUGUGCUGAACCAGGUUUUAAAUUUAUUUCAUAUUGGACCUCUUGCUCAUUUUAGCAGAGAUUUUUCUUUAGUCAGAAAAGCCUCUUUUUAUAAAAAUUGUUUUUUCACUGACCUUGAAGUAAAAUUUCCUGGCCUCUGACAAAUGAUAGGUGAAGCAAGAUGAAAUUACUUCCUGUGACUGGAAGGGAAAAUGUGAAUGUUAAUCAGGGAUACCCAUAUCAUCUUAACUACCCUGUUAAGAAUAAAAUACAUUUUGAUAACGUGUUUUUCAUGGAAGCUAAACAAAAGACCUCACGCUUAAGAAACCGCAUAGUAACUAUGCACUGCAGCAGACUCUGGAGUUUUUACUUUAGCAAGGAAUGUGAUACUGUUCAGUCUUGUCUGCUGAUCUUACACCAAAUAAAUACAUUGACUCUCAACAGUUCCCAGUCCCAUGAACAGAGAUCUGCUUCCAUAGCAGCUAGUGCCUGUGGGAGUGUCUCAGCUGUCACUGUGUGACACUCUUUAUGUGGGGCCACUUACUGCAGCACAGUGAGCUGCCCUCUGUAGCCAUUGUUACCCUUUUCCAGAGGCAGUAUCUGACACAGCUGUAAGGCUAAGGUCAUUGUAGCUGUGCAAUGGGGAUAAGACUGCUAGAAAAAGGUAGGGCGUAGUAGGGCCAAAGAAGCAGUAAGUAAAACCAGGAUCCUUGGGAACAGAGUGUUUCUACUCUUAACCUCUAAGCUGUCCUUUCAGUACAGCUGUGACAUACACAGUAAGGCUGUAUAUGUCACAGCAGAAACAAGAAGAUUUUGAACUAAGAAGAAUGAUGAUUAUAUCUUUAAGGCAAGUGGUGUUUUUCUGUUUAAUAGGCACAGUCCCCUUCAGUGGGACACUUCCUUCCCAAGUCUUUAGUCCAGGGCAUUGCAUACUCUAUUAGCAGCUCUACCUAUCUCACAGCUGAGGGAUCUCAUCAAUUGUGCUUGGGGCUUUUUUUUUUUGAGUGCAUUGGGCUGACAAGAGGUAAAUGUCUGUCACUGACAAAAAAUAAAAUCUAAUACA